CUUCCGGUUUAGCUGCUGCCUUACUUUACCAAAAUGGCUGCCGCUGCUGCUGUGGAGGGGUCUUCGGGUAAAGAUGCUGUUGCUGAGGGGCUGCUCGACCUCCUUAAACCUGCCAUCCAGCAGCUCGACCUGCAUGUACACUCAGUCAGAGAAAGCCAGGUAGAAUUAAGAGAACAUAUAGACAACCUGGCCACAGAGUUAUGCAGGAUAAAUGAACAUCAGAAAGUGGCGCUUGACCUGGAUCCCUAUGUAAAGAAGCUGCUGAAUGCAAGACGAAGAGUAGUGCUAGUAAACAACAUACUGCAGAAUGCUCAGGAACGUUUGAGGCGACUCAACCACAAUGUGGCCAAAGAGACAGCACGGAGAAAGACGAUGCUGGAGGCUUCAGGAGUGUUCACAACCCGCUCCCCCAGUAGACCCUGACCCCUUCUCCUGCUUGGCACAGGAAAUACUGUGAACUCUCUUGAACACGAUUGACGUGCCAAUACAGGAAACUAACAUGACGAGGAAAAGUCUUCCUUUUACAUUUACUUGGCUGAUUGUCUAAUCACAUGCUGAUGUUUUCACUGGGUUGUUUGAUGUCUAAUAAUAAUAAUAAUAUUCAGGCUAUCUGCAUUAGGUUAUUGUCCAAUCCUCUGGCAAAAUACUCGUACAACAGAAUCAUCCUUAUAGUAUCACCAAUUCAUACAUUCUAUUUUGCACACAUGAAGACACCAAAGAGUUAUGACUAUCCACAUGUAUUUGACUUUCUGGCUUGGUAAAGUGAACUCUCCCUCUGUUUCUAAGUUUUGUUUAUUGGUACCACUGCACUUUCUCUGAAGCUCUGCUGACAAAGGUGUUGUAGCAAAUCAAAGCAAAGCAUAAUGUUAUGAAAUUGGUUUCAUAGUAGAUGAUGAAAAUAAAACUUCCUUUGUAGAUUGUUGUCUCGAUGAUUAUUUAACAUUGUGCUUGUUAUCAUUGUAUUAAAUUGAUUGCUUCAUUAAGAAUGUUUAUGAAAUAUCCAUUAAUUCCCAUGUUUUGCACAUCAGCUGUUUUGCAAAUGACUCUUUUGCUAACUUGCUAAUUAAAAUAAAGAGAUUGGAAAUGUG